CCCUGUGAAUGCCUUGCGUGCUAGCCACGAGACCCGGGGCCUGCUCAGAGGACCUUGAUCUUGUGGAAGACCCUGACUCUGUUCUAAAGAACCAGAAGGUAGGUUGCCUGAGCAGACAAUGCUCCAUGCUCUGUGGACAGCGUGGGCUGUGGGCGCCAUGAUUGGCCUCUCCCAGCAAGGGCCCGUUGAUCCCAUGUCUCUGUCAUGUGACCACGCAGGUGUGUGUGAUGGCCGGUCCAGGUCUUUUACCGCCAUUCCCUCAGGCCUCCCAGCAACCAUGCAGAGCCUUGACCUGUCCCACAACAAGAUCGCCUCCGUGGGCCGAGCCGACCUGCAGAGCUGUGUGAAGCUCCAGGCCCUGAUGCUCCAGUCCAAUGGCAUCCAUGCCAUAGACAAGGACGCGUUUUCCUCCCUGCACAGCCUUGAGCACUUGGACUUGUCUGACAAUCGAUUGUCGAACUUAUCGUCCUCCUGGUUCCAACCCCUUGCUUCCUUGAAAGUCUUAAAUGUAAUGAGAAAUCCUUACCAAACACUCGGGGAAGUGUCUCUUUUCUCUCACUUGACCAACUUACACACCUUGAGGGUCGGAAGCCUCCACACCUUACUGAUUCAGAGAAUAGAUUUCGCUGGACUCGUGUUUCUUGAGGAACUUGAAGUCAUUGCAUCAAAUCUCCAGAGUUAUGAGCCUGGAAGUUUCAAGUCAAUUCAAAACAUCAGUCAUCUGACCCUUCACCUCAAACAGAUGACUUUCUUGACAGAGAUUUUUGGAGAUCUUUUAAGUUCUGUGGAAUAUUUGGAGUUGAGGGAUACAGAUUUGAACAGAUUUCAGUUUUUAGGCCUAUCUGUCACUGAAACAAACCCUCCCGUUAGCAAGGUGACAUUUAGAAAUGCGUUUUUCACCGAUGAGAGUCUAGAGGGCGUGCUGAGACUCCUGCAGUAUGCUUCCAGACUGGUGGAAUUGGAGCUUGAUGGCUGCACUCUCAAUGGUGUUGGAGACUUUGGGGAAUCUGACAUUGAGGACUUGAAAGACCUACGUCGCAUAGAAACCGUAACGAUCCGGAGAUUGCGUAUUCCCAAUUUCUUCUUAUUUUAUGAUCUGAGGACCAUCUAUUCGCUUGCCGGAAGUGUUAAACGAGUCACUGUUGAAAACAGUAAAGUGUUUCUGGUUCCUUGUUCCUUCUCACAGCAUUUAACAUCAUUGGAAUAUUUGGAUCUCAGUGAAAAUCUGAUGGUUGAAGAAUAUUUGAAAAAUUCAGCCUGUGAGGGGGGCUGGCCCUCCCUACAAACCUUGAUUUUAAGGCAGAACCAUCUAACAUCUAUAGAAGAAACUGCAAAGAUUUUACUGGCCCUGAAAAAUCUGACCAACCUUGAUCUCAGUAGGAACGGUUUUCAUUCGAUGUCUGGAACCUGCCAGUGGCCAGAAAAGAUGAAAAGCUUAAACUUAUCUAGCACCCAAAUACACAGCCUAACUCACUGUGUUCCGCAGACCCUGGAAGUUUUAGAUGUGAGCAAUAACAAUCUCAACUCAUUUUCUUUGUCUUUGCCUCUACUUAAAGAACUUUAUAUUUCCCAAAAUAAGUUGAACACUCUACCAGAUGCAUCCUUCUUGCCUGUGUUAGUAGUCAUGAAGAUCAACAGGAAUACAAUAAAUACUUUCUCUAAGGAGCAACUGGAUUCCUUUCAUAAACUAAAGGUUCUGGAAGCUGGUGGAAACAACUUCAUCUGCUCCUGUGAAUUCGUGUCAUUCAUCCAAGAGCAACCAGCUCUGGCUGAGGUCCUGGUGGAUUGGCCAGACAAUUACCUGUGUGAUUCCCCAUCCCAUCUGCGGGGCCAGCGGGUUCGGGACGCUUGGCUGUCCAUCUCUGAGUGCCACCAGGCAGCAGUGGUAUCCGCUGUGUGCUGUGCCCUUCUCCUGUUGGUCCUGCUCAUUGGGGGCCUGUGCCACCAUUUCCACGGACUGUGGUACAUGAAAAUGAUGUGGGCCUGGCUGCAGGCCAAGAGGAAGCCUAGGAAGGCCCCCGUCAGGGACAUCUGCUACGAUGCCUUUGUUUCCUACAGUGAGCGCGAUUCCCACUGGGUGGAGAACCUGAUGGUCCGGGAGCUGGAGCACUUUCUCCCCCCCUUCAAGCUGUGUCUCCACAAGCGGGACUUCAUCCCUGGCAAAUGGAUCAUCGACAACAUCAUCGACUCCAUUGAAAAGAGCCACAAGACCAUCUUUGUGCUGUCGGAAAACUUCGUGAGGAGCGAGUGGUGUAAGUAUGAACUGGACUUCUCGCACUUCCGGCUCUUCGAUGAGAACAACGAUGCCGUCAUCCUCGUGCUUCUCGAGCCCAUUGAGAGAAAGGCCAUUCCCCAGCGCUUCUGCAAGCUGCGCAGGGUCAUGAACACCAAGACCUACCUGGAGUGGCCCCGAGACGAGGCGCUGCAGGAGGGCUUCUGGGUCAGCCUGAGGACCGCAAUCAAAGCCUAGGUCCUCUCUCCAUCCAGCGCCCGUGACCGUGUGAGCUCGAUACCACCAGCUGUCACUCAGUUCGUGUUGACAUCAUGAGAUCAAAGUCACACAAUGUACUGUCACUUGAGGACUUAACUAAAACUACUUAACCUGUCAGCUUUAUUUAAGAGUGUUGGGCUAUUAAACCUGUUACCAGAUUAAGGGAAAAAUGGGUUUGGGCUUUUCUUUAUUCUGUAAGAUAGUCCGGAUCUGAAUCCAUCAGUGAUAUCUGAAUCCUCUGCACCAUUGGCCCGGAUCAUCGGGAAACAGCACAAAUGAUCGCUCCUGGCUGUCCAGGCUGCUUUCUGUAAAGAGACACGUGGGUAGGUACACGGGGCAGACUCUGCUCCACCCCCUCUCCCUGAAGUUGAUCUAAAAACCAGGCAGGAUAUGUGGGUACUCGGCCAGGUUUGUUGCUGGUGGGUGUGUUUCCGUGUGAACUGGGUCUUGUGCUUCUGGGUAUUUGAAUUUCUCCAGCCGUGACUGGAAGAGGGUAUGUAACAGAAGAUGCCACAAACUGUAACUUACCAUGAGACCAAAACUAUUGGGAUAGAUGAAAUAUGUAGAAGAAUUUGAAAGAAAUCUCCUGUCAAGUCUGAUAUUUCUUGGCCUUGAACCACCUGCCAAAUUCGAAUUAGCAUCUGGUUAUCUGAGCUCCUGUUCCCCUACGUGGAUGUUGUUGCUUUUCUUCUAUGCAAAGUCUUUGUUUUUAACUCUGAAGUUUCGUUUCCAUUUCUCCUUGCUUCUCACAUCUUCUUCCCUGUGGGCUCCCUGCUGCAACUUAUCACCUUGUCACAGGCCCAGAAACCACAAGGGCCAGCUAACCAGGGACCAAACCUCC